CCUUCUCGACCUUGGCCCUUUUAAUUUACUAAUAAACGAAGUGGCAAUGAUGAUUGAGGAUUUAUCAAUUUUUUUAUACCACGAUUCCGCGUUGCUUCUCUUUCUUUCUCUUUAUUGUAGAAUUUUCAGCAAAGUCCAAUUGCACCUCACCACACGGAAUCCAAUACAUUGCAAAAGCAAGAUAAAGUUUUAGGAGUGUUCAUCGACUUUUUAUUAACUUUUUUUUUUUCACAGAGUUUACCUUCUUGUUCUCUGUUAUGGCUUCCUCUUCCUCCUCUGCCUCUGCUUCCUUCCGCCAACCAAAGCAUGAAGUUUUUCUGAGUUUUAGAGGUGAAGACACACGCAAUAACUUCCUCUAUCACCUAUAUGAAGCUUUGCGAAGAAAAGGGAUUGGAGCUUAUGCUGAUUUCAAAGAACUUCCAAGGGGAGAUGAAAUUUCUCUCGCACUGUUGAAAGCGAUCGAAGAAUCAAUGAUUUCAGCAAUCGUUUUUUCUCAAAACUAUGCUAAUUCAUCAUGGUGCUUGGAAGAACUGUCCAAGAUAAUGGAAUGCAGGCAUUCCCGGGGACAGCUUGUGGUACCCAUUUUCUACCAUGUUAACCCAUCCGAUAUACGGAAACAAACUGGGAGUUUUGGAAAAGCUUUUGUUGAACAUGAAAAAAACAGGAUACACAAGGUUCAGGGGUGGAUACAUGCUUUGACUGAAGCUGCCAACUUAAGUGGUUGGUCUUUGGCAGGAGAUAAGCCUGAGCUCAUAGUCAUCGAGGAUAUUGUUCAAGAUAUUGUAAACAAGUUGAAUCGGUUGUCUAAAAGUGAUCACAAAGGCCUCAUUGGAAUAGGCCCUCAUAUGGAGCAAAUUAAAUCGAUAUUGUGCAUUGGUGGGGAAGAUGUUCGCAUUAUUGGAAUAUGGGGAAUGGCUGGUAUAGGCAAAACAACUCUCGCUCAAGCUGUAUAUGAUGAUGUCUCUGGUCAAUUUGAAAGUUGUUACUUCUUGGCAAAUGUUAGAGAGGAGUCAGACAAACAUGGUGCAAUCACUUUACGUGAUAAACUUCUUUCCAAAUUAUUAAACGAGGAAAACCUCCAUAUCGGUACUCCUAGAAUAGGAUCCGCAUUCAUUAAGGAUAGACUCUACCGUAAGAGAGUUCUUAUUGUUCUUGAUGAUGUCAAUGAUUUGGACCAAUUAGAAAUAUUGGAGAUUAGCCAUGACCACUUUGGUUUUGGUAGUAGAAUCAUUGUAACAUCCAGAGACAAACAAGUCCUUACAAAUGGGUCAGUUGAUGGAAUAUAUGAGGUUAAGGAAUUAAGUUACAAUGACUCUCUUCAGCUUUUUUCUCUGUUUGCCUUCAAGCAAAAUCACCUUGUUGAUGAUUUUAAGGAUCUAUCAAAUAAUGUUUUGGAAUAUGCUAAAGGCGUUCCAAUAGCUCUUAAAGUCUUAGGUUCUACACUUUAUCAGAAGAGCAUAGCAUAUUGGGAAAGUGCAUUGAAUAGACUAAAGCAAUAUCCCAAUCCAAAAAUUCAAAACAUGCUGAAGAUUAGCUUUGAUGGGCUGGAUGAAGUCGAGAAGAAUAUAUUUCUUGAUAUUGCAUGCUUCUUUAAAUGGUAUGAUAAAGAUAACAUAACAAAAAUACUGGACGGUUGUUAUGGUUGCACUGCUCAUUGUGGAAUUACCAACCUUAUUGAUAAAUGCCUCCUAAAUGUUACAAAAGAGAACAAGCUUGGCAUGCAUGAUUUGCUACAAGAAAUGGGUAAGAAUGUUGUCCGUUUAGAAUCCCAAAGGCCUGAAGAACGUAGUAGACUAUGGACUCCAAGUGACGUUUGUCGAGUGUUAAAGCAUGGCACAGGGACUAAAUCAACCGAGGGAAUAUUGCUAGACCUGUCUCAAUUUGAUGAAAUACAGUUACAUCCAUGUGCUUUUGCAAAGAUGCAUAAUCUUAGAGUUGUCAAAUUCUAUGAUCCUACAUUUUCUGGGAAGGGAGGUAAAUUGGUUCCUUUGCAUCAAGGCCUAAAAUCUUUUCCUAAUGAGUUAAGGUAUUUUCAUUGGGAGUAUUGCAUGCUGAAAUCUUUACCCUCAAAUUUUAGUCCAGGGAAUCUUGUUGAAUUAAUAUUAUCCAACAGCAAUGUUGAACAACUUUGGAAUGGAGACCAGAAUCUUGUGAAUUUAAGGGUGCUUGAUCUUUGCUAUUGCGAGAAUUUAACCAGGAUUCCAAAUUUGUCAGCAGCCAUAAAUAUUGAAAUACUGUUAAUUGAUGGAUGCAAAAGCUUGGUUGAACUACCGUCCAUGAUUCAUUUGAAAUCUCUUUACCAUGAGCAAUAUGUUAAAAGUUGUAAAAAUUUGAAGAAGUUUCCUGAGCUUCCACAGCAUGUAGAUUGGUUGACUUUACAAGACAGUGCAAUAGAAGAGAUUCCUGAGUCAAUCGGGUAUCUGGACCAGCUUACGCUAUUAACUUUGAGUAACUCAAGGGUUAAAACUGUUUCAAAAAAUAUUUGUAAGUUGGAAUCUCUUGAAAGUUUCUAUCUUGUAAAUUGCCCGAUGGUCCUAUUCCCAGAAGUUCCCAGGAACUUAAAAAGAUUAUACUUGCAUGGGAAUCAAAUAGAAGAAGUACCUUCAUCUAUUGGAUGUCUCAAUCAGCUUGUUCAUUUGGAUAUGAGAAGCAGCCAGAUUCAUAAUCUUCCAAGCACUAUUAUUCAGCUGGAUGCCCUUAAAGAAAUUUUCCUCUCUGAUUGCCCAAACAUCACAACUUUUCCAAAUGUUCCGGAGAACAUCAAACUCUUAUUUUUGGAUAACACUCCAAUAGAAGAGGUGCCUUCAUCAAUCUCAAGGCUUAAAAGCCUUUCCUGUUUGAGUGUGGCAGGCUGCACAAGGCUUAAGAGCCUUCCAACCAGCAUUUGUAAGUUAAAAUCUCUUGAAAGACUUUAUCUCAAUGGGUGUUCAAACUUAGAGUGUUUCCCAGAAAUCUUAGAGACUAUGGAAUGUUUAAUUCAUCUUGAUUUGAGUGAAACAGCCACAAAAGUGUUACUUUCCUCAAAUAUAUUUGGGUUGGGCGGUAGUAGAAACCUAAGCGUCCCUAGCAGCUUUUGCAAUUUGGUCUUUUUGCAAGAAUUGCAUCUAUGUGGAACAGAUAUAGUGGAAAUUCCUAAGAGUAUCAAACAACUUUCUAAUUUAAUUUGUCUAUAUUUAAUAUCAUGCAAGAGCCUUAAAUCUUUGCCAGAACUGCCUCCAUGUUUACGAUUUGUAGAUGCAGAAGACUGCACAUCUUUAGAGAGAGUUUCAAACUCGGAACAAUUUCAAUAUAUGAAAGCUCAGAGAUGUUUGUUAGAGUAUGAUUAUCCUCUAGUUUGCAAUUGCUAUGUGUUCAAUAAUUGCUUUAACCUGGAUCGGGAUGCAAUCAACAACAUUAUGGCAAAUGCUCAGCUCAGAAUUCAAUGCAUGGCAGAGGAAUUUGCAAUGGAAUCUUACCAAGGUGCUGAUCAUGUUUAUGAUAAAAGUGUCCUUUCUUGUUUACCUGGAAGUGAAAUUUCAGAGACAUUCAAGAAUCGGAGUACAAAUUCUUCAAUAUCUGUCGAGUUGAGUCAAGCUUGUUCUAAUAAAAGAUUCUUGGGCUUUGUUCUAUGCAUUGUGGUUGAUUUUGAGCACCAUCAUGAAUGCAGAACUUUCACAGUCGAAUGCAAAUACCGAUUAAAAACCAAGUGCGGUGAUCAUCACAAUUUUGCAUAUAGCUGGAAUUGGCCAAGCCAUUUAGUUCAACACAUAUGCUUUGAGUCCAAGCAUGUGAUCCUUUUGUUUGAUGGUUUUGAAAGUAGAAUCAUUGAAACAUCUAGAAACAAGCAUUUUGAUGAGGCCUCAUUUGAAUUCCACGUUGAAGCUACUGACUUUGAAUGGAACAAGGAGCAUAUCAAAGUGCAAAAAUGCGGUGUCAAUGUAUUCUAUGUGGAUGCUGUGAGAUCUAACGACAAAGGGGUUGAAUCCCGCAGAAAUUAUAGGUCUGAUGGUGAAGAGGCAGUGGACCCAACCAUUGAGACAUUGGAAUCAAGCUGCCAUGUUAAUUUGUCAUUCGGCCAAGAUGAAGAGAACAGAUGUGAUGCUUCCAUGAUGGAACCCACCUCUACAAUUGGUCCAAAUCAGCUUUCCUUAAAACGCAAUGUAAACAAUAGAGAUUUUGAAAGAUCAAUGAUGGAAGAAGAUGCUAGUGAUGAGGAAGGCCAUGAUGAUCCUACGUCUACAAUGAGACCUAGGAACAAAAGAAGUUUUAGCUCUAAUGAGGAUGAAGAACCAAAGCCUGAAAGACUGAAAUACUUUCAUUUCUUUUGAGGAGGUGCAAGUUCUCAAACGUAUCUUGCUUUCUGAUCUUAUUUAAAGUCCAGGCAAUUUAGUUCCAAAGUAUUGGUAAGUCACCCUUAAAUUCACUUUGUCAUCACUUAUAAAUGUUGGUAAUUUGUCAACGAGAUACAAAUGUGUAAUUAUUCCCAGUUUCUCAUCGGUCAGUGGUCACAUAUCUCUGAUCUACUAAGUAUAUCUGAAGCUCAAAUGCCAUAAAUUUUCUUUUCAAAUUCACACUUCCACUGAAUUUUGAUGGAAAAAUUACUACUAACUAGGAUGAGAUCUUAGUUUCUUCGCAAUUGCUUACCAUAUAGGAGUUGGCAUGCCAAUUGUUUGAUAAAACGAAACAUUCUAGUUCUUUGUUUAUGUAAGUGGUAAAAGUGGAGGGAUUUAUUCAUACCAAAAGUAAGAAAGGAAUAUCUUUCAAGAACUUAUGAUUGGUGAUAGUUUCUUAAGGCUUUCCUUCUCCCCUUCCCUCAUGUUUUGUUUGUUUUGUUUCAAAGAUAAAAUUUUGGCAAAAGAAAAUUCUCGCUAUUGAUUAAUUUAGGGCAAAAGCAAAUGAGAUUUUGAUGGCAUUAGCAAUGAAAGUUUGCUUGAGGUUCAUAAAAAUCCAUAAAAGAACUUGGAUACCGAAAUUUUUUAAUUUGUUAUGUUUUAGUCUCUUCUCUUGGGAAACAAAAAAAAAAUCGAAAAAACAAAAGAACAAGAAAUGCUUUCAGCUUAGAAUCUUACGCAUUCCUUUAUCCUUCAGUUUCACAUUUUGUUUCUGCUUACUCUUUCCUCAUUUUGUUUUCUCCUUUCUCUUUCUUGACUCAAUGUUGUGUUUUCUCCUCUGAUGGAGAGAUAACUUUGUUUUUCUUUUUUGAAAUUUGCCUACACUUUUCAACUUUUUUUUAAUCAUUUUGGCUUUUAAAGUUAAGGUAAAUAGUAU